AUGUCGACCGUGGGGCGUAUGGAUGGCGCAUUCUUCGUGUCCAGGACGGAACUCCUGGGUUGGCUGAAUGCCAGCUUUCAGUUGAGCCUGGACAAGGUGGAGCAGUGUGCCAACGGUGCCGUCUACUGCCAGAUCAUCGAUGCCUGCCAUCCGGGCGCUGUGAACAUGAAGAAGGUGAACUGGUCAGCGAGGGAUGAACAUCAGUGCAUCCCCAACUACAAGGUGCUCCAGCAAGCUUUCAGCAAGGUGGGCAUCGACCGACACGUCGAGGUACUGGCAUGUGUCAAGCACUGA